UUUGCUGAUGGACGGCUGUGUGAGGUUCGUUUUGAUGCCAAUGGAGCUGCCAUGAAAAGGCCUCCUCACUACCUGGGGGGAGACUUGAGGGAUGGAAAGUUUUUGCCGGUCAGACAUGUCCUGCUGCCCACAGACCGUGGCCAGUAUCUACAGGUGCACAGGCAACAGGUUCCUCUUUCCCGCCGGAUGUCACAUGAUGAGAUGGAUCUCUUCCCCCCUCGCUCUUCUCCUCUCCUGCUCAGGUGGUCUUCCUCAGAUGAUAUACGUGGGGGGAGCAGCCCUGUCAGCCCACGCCGUACUCAUGAUGCUCAGCACUGGAGCCGGCGCCAACCCCCACGGGGAGAGGGGGAAGAAGGGCUAACUUCUCUGCGCCAGUUUUUGGCAGGAGGGAUAACUGGCUCUUCAGGGUUGGGGGGUGGCAUACCCAGUUCCUUCUUUAGGGAUGAGAUUACAGCAUUUAUUGAUGACACACCUUGCCCUUCACCCAUCGGGACCCCUCACAGAUCCCGACCUAAACCCCGAAAUUCUCCACUCCCAAGGAAAGAAGCAGAGACAGGUAUGACCUAUGGAGGUGUGGGGGAGCGACGCCUGUCCCUAUGUAGCCCUUCACUUGCUGUGUCUGAAAGACGUAGAGCUUCUCUGUCUGAACAAGGGUGCACUGGGUCUUCAUGAUGUAGUUGUCAACUCCUGAAUAUCUGGUAUGUCACUGGGGUGCACACUAGAAAUUCUCUGUUCUCAGGCAAAUCUGCUGAGGUGUAAGAGGGGGUUAUACUUAACUACAUGCCCUCUUACCCCUUUGCCCCCUCCAACACUCAACAAACUGGAAAAUGAGCCAAAAGAUGACAAAAUAAAAUGUGAUUUGAAUAGAAA